UCUGUGUUUAAUUUCAUACAUUUAAGGAAUACACCGCCUUAAACAGAGUUUGCCAAAAAGAAAAGCAGGAUUUAUGGCUAAAUCAUAUGACCCAAUAGCACCCAUAGCGGAAGAAAUCAGUCAAGAAGCAUCUCUCUUAUGUUUUGAUGAAUUUCAGGUCACUGACAUCGCUGAUGCCAUGAUUUUGAAACAGCUUUUUGAAAAUCUGUUCAAAAAUGGGGUCGUCGUUGUGGCAACAUCCAACAGACCACCGGAAGAUCUUUAUAAAAAUGGGCUCCAAAGGGCUAAUUUUGUGCCGUUUAUAGCUGUCCUAAAGGAAUAUUGUAAUACGAUCCAGCUAGAUUCUGGAAUAGAUUACCGGAAAAGAGAACUCCCGGCUGCAGGAAAACUCUACUACCUGUAAGGUGUUUUUUGUUUGUUUGUUUUGUUUGUAUGGAUGUGUGUUGUGUGUGUGUGUGUGUGUGUGUGUGUGUGUGUGCUUAGUUUAAUUUUCCAAGUUUAGAAUCUAAUAACUUAUCAGGAGAAGAUAAGGAAAAUAAGCAUUUUAAAUAUUAGAACCUGACAGAGUAGUGCUGAAUCUCAUGAUUUUUAAACAACAUGUUAUUCUUUAAACUGAGAUUUUGCCAUCCGUAUUUGCAUCAUUUAUAAUGUGUGAUUGAGUGAAAACCUAAUUAGUUUUGCGGGGAGGAGAGAUGACAGAUGGCUAGAAAGUAAUGAGUAUCCUCUUAGAAGAGGCUGUGAUAUUAAGAAAAUAUCUUUAACUUGCUAAAGUAAUUAAUUAUUUGUGAAUAUCAUCUAACAAGUAUGCCAUUUCCAUUCCCCCAAAAUUGUUGUUUUAUUUUGUCAGACAAUCUGUUUGUAUUUAUCAUUGUUGAUUGAC